AUGCGAUUUUCCGCAGCCUCCCUCCUGCUCGGACUGAGCUGGAUCACAGCCGCCGCCGCACACAACAUCCAGCUCCGCGCCCACUCACGAGAAUGCUUUCACGAGACCCUGCACAAGGAUGACAAGAUGACUGUGUCGUUCCAAGUUGGUGACCGGGAAUUUGGCGGCAGCGGAAAUCUAGAAAUUGACUUCUGGGUCGAAGACCCCCAAUCCAACCGCCAAUACUAUAAACAAGCCAUCUCCUCCGAAGACUACUCGUUCACCGCGCAGCUGGACGGAAAAUACGUCUACUGCUUCAGCAAUGAAGGCUGGACCUCAAACUCGAAGGAAGUCUCGUUCAAUGUUCACGGAAUUGUCUACGUUCCUGAAUCGGAAAUGGCACAGGAUCCGCUGGAGACGGAAGUCCGACGGCUUUUGGAAAAUCUGGCCCAAGUCAAGGAUGAGCAGUCUUACAUUGUUGUGCGCGAAAGGGUACACCGGAACACGGCUGAGAGCACGAAUGCACGAGUCAAGUGGUGGAGCAUCUUCCAGCUUGCGGUGCUUAUUGGCGAGGGUAUUUUCCAGGUUUGGUGGUUGAAGAGGUUCUUUGAGGUGAAGCGCGUUGUCUGA